AUGCACAUAUUCUUGAAUUCUGUACUAUAUAAUCAUGCAAACAAUUCACCGUUAACUGGUCACGGAUUGAAAGUAAUAGAAAACAAUGAUUUACCGUAUGUAGUAUUGGUAGCACAUCGCCGUCACGGCAAAAUAUGUACAGGAACUUUAGUCACUAAAUAUCACAUUGUGACAGCGGCUCAUUGUAUUCGAUACGAAAAUCCUACUGAUUUAGAGGCUAUUGUCAGGAUACCCCCUUAUGUCGAGAGCCAUAAGUAUCCAGUCAGUUCAUCGAUUACUUAUGACCAAUGGACCAAAUUUAAUAAUGUAAAUCCACGAUUUCCUAGUAAUGACAUUGCUGUACUAUCGCUUGAAAAGCCGGUCGAAGAUAUACAGAUAGGAUCGAUUUCUUUCGACCAACCAAUUGCAAAAGCUCAAGUCACAACCGUUGGGUGGAGAAGUUGCAAAAAAAAUUGUCUCUUCCCUCAAACAUUUGUCACGGUAAACCAGUUUGUUGAGGAUCCGGAAUUAUGUCGCAAAAGACUUGCAAAACAAAAUCUAAAUGUCAUUGGCAAGAUCAACGCAAUAUGUACGAAAAUCGAUGGGUCUACAUCUGCUGCUCUUGAAUGCGGAGACAGUGGAGGUCCUUUAUUAGAUAAACAAUACAUGAUCGUUGGCAUCGCCAGAUCACGUUGUUUCAGCAAAAAUAAAAACGACUUUGAAACGUUUAAUGUUUAUACAGCCAUCAGCGUUUAUAAACAAUUUCUUUUCGAAAGUAUAAAAAACUAACUCUUUUUCAGUGAAAACAAUGAAAUCUAAAACUAUAAAGCAAAAUUUAUCAUCACCUUCUUUUGCCUUCAUUGUAACGUUUUUUUGUCGUCAUCAUGCCUCGUGAAAAUAAAAAUAUAAUAUACUUAUGGCACGUGUAUACAUUUUUACGUUCU